GGGGAGCGGUGGGUUCGGCAGCGCGGUGUGCGGCGUGCGCCAUGAGGGAGACGGGCGGUACUUCUAUGCUGCAGAACCAGCCACACAGGCACUAUGGAAUUACCUCUCCAGUUAGCUUGGCUCCUCCAAAGGAUGUAGAUUAUAUUCAUACUCAGAAGCUAGUUGAAGCAAUGGAGUCAUUUGGAGUAUUUGAAGAUGAGGAGGAAUUGAAUCACAGGCUGGUGGUUCUUUGUAAACUGAAUAACUUGGUCAAAGAAUGGAUUUUUGAACUUGGUGAGAGCAAGAACCUUCCCCCUUCGGUGGUAGAAAAUGUUGGUGGCAGAAUAUUUACGUUUGGUUCUUACAGGCUUGGAGUACACACCAAAGGUGCUGACAUAGAUGCUCUUUGUGUUGCUCCUAGACAUGUGGAAAGAUCAGAUUUCUUUCAGUCAUUCUUUGAAAAACUAAAGCAUCAGGAAGAGAUAAAAAAUCUAAGAGCAGUAGAAGAUGCAUAUGUACCUGUUGUUAAGUUUGAGUUUGAUGGCAUUGAGAUUGAUCUCGUGUUUGCAAGACUGCCUGUGCAAACUGUUUCUGAUAAUCUUGAUCUCAGAGAUGACUCGCGUCUCAGAAGCCUGGAUAUAAGAUGUAUACGGAGCCUAAAUGGGUGCAGAGUUACUGAUGAAAUAUUGCAUCUAGUACCAAAUAAAGAGAACUUCCAGCUCACACUCCGUGCAAUUAAACUGUGGGCAAAACGACGUGGUAUUUAUUCCAACAUGCUGGGAUUUCUUGGUGGGGUUUCUUGGGCAAUGCUAGUAGCAAGAACGUGUCAACUCCAUCCAAAUGCAUUGGCUUCUACUCUUGUGAACAAGUUCUUCUUGAUUUUUUCAAAAUGGUAA